AUGCAACAAGUUGCACUUCAUCUGUUUCGUUUGUGGACAGUACUACUGAUAGACUUCCUGGAUGGCCAGAAUCACUGUGACAGCGGAUCCUGUCACCCAACUAUUGGAGACCUGCUUGUGGGCCGCAGUGCACAGCUAACAGCUUCAUCAACAUGUGGAUCAUUUGGCCCUCAGAAAUACUGCAUUAUUGGCUACCUUGAGGAUGAACAGAAAUGCUUCACCUGUGAUUCCAGAUAUCCAUAUCAUCCAGUUUUCCAGGCCGACAGUCACUUGAUUGAAAAUGUUAUCACUGCUCUCGAGACAGAUCGGAAGAAGUGGUGGCAGUCUGAAAACGGUAUUGACCAUGUCAGCAUUAGGCUGGAUUUGGAAACUGUGUUUCAGUUCAGUCAUCUUAUCUUGACUUUCAAGACCUUUCGGCCUGCAGCAAUGUUGGUGGAGCGCUCCAUAGAUUAUGGUCAAACCUGGAAGGUAUUUAGAUAUUUUGCACAAGACUGCGGUGCAUCUUUCCCCGCUGUUCCUUCAAGUCCAGCCAGAGCAGUUGGAAACGUUGUUUGUGAUUCAAAGUAUUCGGAUAUUGAGCCCUCGACUGAAGGGGAGGUUGUUUUCAAAGCUCUGGAUCCCACUUUUGAAAUAGAAAAUCCUUAUGUCCCAUACAUCCAAGAGCUCAUUACUUUUACAAAUCUGAGGAUAAACUUUACGAAGCUUCACACACUUGGAGAUACUUUACUUGGACAAAAGCGGCACAAUCCCCUGGAAAAAUACUACUAUGCACUUUAUGAAAUGGUAGUUCGUGGAAGCUGUUUUUGCCAUGGCCACGCUAGCUCCUGUGGCCCUGGGCAAAACCUGCGGGGUGAUGUUUUCCAUGAGCCUGGCAUGGUCCAUGGGAGUUGCCUCUGCGAGCAUAACACAGAUGGUUUGUCCUGUGACAGAUGUAAACCUUUCUACAAUGAUGCUCCCUGGAGGCCCGCAGAAGGAUCACAGGAAAAUGCUUGCCAAAAGUGUGAAUGCAAUGGUCAUUCUGAAAGAUGCCAUUUUGAUAUGGCGGUGUAUCUUUCUAAUAAUCGCAUCAGUGGCGGAGUAUGUGAAGACUGUCAACAUAAUACAGUGGGACAACACUGUGAUCAGUGCAAGCUUUUCUUUUAUCAGGAUCCCCAUAGGGCAAUUUCAGACCUUCAUGCAUGUAUCCCCUGUGCCUGUGACCCAGAUGGUACCUUGUACAAUGGGCUGUGCGAAGGUCGUACUGACCCUGUUCUUGGAACUAUUGCUGGCCAGUGCCAUUGCAAAGAAAACGUGGAAGGAGUUCGUUGUGACAUGUGCAAGCCAAACUAUUAUGGAAUGACUGGAAGUGAUCCCCUUGGCUGUCAGCCCUGCAACUGUGACCCUUCUGGAAGUUUGCCUUUCUCUGCUUGCAACGCAGUGACUGGAGAGUGUCUGUGCCAGCAGUUUGCCACUGGGCAACAUUGCGAAGAAUGUCUUCAAGGAUACUGGGGUCUUGGAAGUAACAUUUAUGGCUGUUCUCCAUGCAACUGUGACAUUGGUGGUGCCCACAAUAAUUUGUGCACAACUACCAAUGGUCAGUGCGAGUGCCUUCCUAACAUCGUGGGCCGUCAGUGUACUGAACCAGCAACAGGAUACUUUUUCCUUCCUUUGGACUAUUAUAUAUAUGAAGCAGAAGACUCAAUGCCUCUCCCGGGAUCUUCACCUUUGGUGCCUGUUUAUAAGAUUCAACCCACAGCUAUACCACGGUGUGAUGUCUAUUUUCGACAACAAGGUUAUGAUUUUGCAAUUGAAAAUGGAAAAAUCAUCUUGAACAGGAAUAAGAAAAGAGGCAUAAGAAAAGCAGUGGUUAGACAGGGUUCAGCUCUGUCUGGCAGGAACUCUGCUCUGGAUGUUGUUAUUAGGGAGUCCAUUCCAGGAAAACCUGUGACAUGGUCAGGACUGGGAUUUGUACGUGUCCGAAGCGGAGCAGGACUAAGGUUUACAAUCAACAACAUCCCUUCCCUGAUGGAUUUUAAUAUCAUCAUUCGCUAUGAGCCCGAGUCUUUAGAAGAUUGGAUAGCAAGCAUUGUUAUAAAGCCUUCUGGUACCACGGAGACUGAACAUUGCAGGAACAAUGCAGCCCUUCAAGAGCUGCACUCACUUGCUCUACCAUCUACAAUGAGAAUGGAACUGCUACCUACUCCAGUAUGCUUAGAACCAGGAAGAGAAUAUUUUAUAGAUGUCUAUUUCUCCAAGUCUUCUGCCUCUGACCCAAAGACUCAAUCAACCAUACUGAUUGACGCACUUGGACUCAUUCCCAGAAUCAGUUCCGUGGAAAACCUUUGCAACAAAAACGAUUUAGAAGAGUACCAGCGGUACCACUGCAUUGAAAUAGCUUCAGAAAUUGGACCGCAUAUCCUACCAGAAGUGUGUGCAAAACUAAUAGCAAGUCUCUCUGCUCGUAUUCACAAUGGAGCAGUUUCCUGCAGGUGUCAUCCGCAAGGUUCAGUGAACUUCAACUGUGAGAAACUUGGAGGGCAAUGUCAGUGCAAAGCAAACGUCAUGGGCCGCUGUUGCGAUAAAUGUUCAGCUGGAAGCCAUAGUUUGGGGUCCCAUGGUUGUCUCCCAUGUGACUGUCAUCCACAAGGAUCAGUGAGUGCUCUGUGUGACCAGGUGACGGGACAAUGUUCAUGCCGGCCAGAAGCGGACGGCCGACAGUGUAGCCGAUGCUUGGCUGGAUAUUUUGGCUUCCCCCAUUGUCGGCCUUGCCCUUGCAACGGCUUUGCAGAGCUUUGCGACCCACAGACUGGAGCAUGUGUCAACUGCAGCAGGUUUACGACGGGAGCCAACUGCGAAAGAUGCAUAGAUGGUUAUUAUGGGAAUCCUCUCAAACAAGAGCCCUGUCGCCCAUGUAUGUGUCCAGAUUCUCCUUCAAGCCGUAGGUACUUUGCACAUUCCUGUUACCAAGAUGCUUGGACAAUGCUAUUAGUCUGUGACUGUUUUGCAGGCUACUCAGGUGAUCGCUGUGAUGAGUGCCUUGGUGGGUUCUAUGGGAAUCCAAAGGUAGCAGUGGGUCAGUGUCUCCCAUGCUCCUGCAAUAAUAAUAUUGAUGCAGCAGACCCAGACUCGUGUAACAAGGAUACUGGAGAGUGCUUAAAAUGCUUAUACAACACACACGGACCGAACUGCCAGUUCUGUAAACCUGGUUACUUUGGAUCAGCACUUUUGCGGAACUGUAGAAAAUGUGAUUGCAACCUUUUGGGUGUAAACCCAGCAGAAUGCCCAUCUGGAAAUGAUGACUGCAUGUGUGACCAAACAACUGGAGUGUGCCCUUGUUUGCCUAAUGUCAUCGGCGCCAAGUGUGACCAGUGCGCUUCUGGUUACUGGAACCUGAUCCAGGGAACCGGAUGUCACAGAUGUGACUGCAAUCCAAGGCACUCCCAAAAUAACUUGUGUGAUCAGUUUACAGGUCAAUGUCCAUGUAAAUUGGGCUAUACUGGAAAACGUUGUGACGUAUGUGAUGAAAAUUAUUUUGGCGAUCCUCAGGCCCACUGUAUUUCAUGUAAGUGUAACAAAGACGGAACUCUGAAGCCCGAGUGUGAUAAAGACACUGGAGUGUGCAACUGCCGUGCUGGAGUCACUGGAAGGUUCUGUGACCAAUGUGCCAGGGGUUAUGACCAGGAAUUUCCUUCCUGCCCCCGUUGUCAUGUUUGUUUUGAUCAGUGGGAUAAUAUUAUUAGUUCCCUGUCUCAGAAAAUCCAAACAUUAAUGAGAUUUGCUGCAACCUUAGGAGACAAGAGGAAGACAAUGCCUGGCUGUGAUAUAGACUUCAAAGGCUACGAUAAUACAAUUUCUGAAACAGAAAGAAUUUUAAAAAGCCCCAUCCUGUCCUCAGAGAUGCUCUUGAAUAUUAAGAAGGAUCAUGACCACAUUAGAAAAAAGAUUUCACAAAUGUAUCUGCAGUCUGACUUUGAGGAUCAGUUUCCUGAGUUCAGCAGGAUGAUGGAAGACUUAAGGAAAGAUGCUGACCAGCUUUCUGUAACCCUGCAAAAGAAAACUGAGCUGCAUCACACAAUUAAUCACAUUCGACUCCAAGAUUCCCUCAACAAAAUAAGGGAUUCUUACCAAAUAAUGUUAUCCGCUGGAGAGAGAAUCAAUGGAACAAAGUCUAUCAUAAUGCAUGGAGGAAAAACCAGAAGCACUAUACUUGCCAUGUUAGAUGGUCUGGUCCCAAAGGAAAGCAUGACAUUGGAUCCACUGAUGAAGUUCAAGACUUCAGAUAUUCAAAAUCUAAAUGAAAAGAUAUGUGGGGUACCAGGAAACUUGCCUUGUGUUGUGGCAGAAUGCGGUGGCGCUUUAUGUCGAGACAACCAGGGGGGAAAACAUUGCGGUGGUCCAAAUUGUAAUGGAGCACUCCCUCUUUCUACAAAUGCUGCUGAAAAAGCUGGUGAAACAGCCGCCUUGUUAAAUAACUUGACCAAUCAACUGCAAGGAUCUGACAAUAAGAUUGAAAGUAUCAGGAAGAUGACUGAGGAUACCAAGAAGAAAGCCUCACAGAUAAAUGGAGAGCUGGUGAAAAGUAAACAGCAAAUACAAAAGGAAGGAGAAAACAUCAAAGAGCUGAUCAAGAAAGUGAAGAACUUUCUCUUAGAGGAGAGUGCUCCACCAGAAGACAUAGAGAAAGUUGCAAAUUAUGUCCUGGGCAUCAACUUGCCAGGGACGUCCCAAGAGCUUACAAAUGUACUUGGCAAACUCAAGAGCCUGAUUUCACACUGUGAGGACUCUGAAACUUACGUGAACGAGUUAAAUAAGCAAGUGGAAGAGACGCAGGAAGUUUUGGCAAAAGCACAAGAAGCUGAGGAAAUAGUGAAAGCUCUCCCAGCUCCUGAUGAAGUAAUAAGCAGCUUCAAAGAAGUGGAAAAUGUUCAAGGGCAAGCCAGAGAUGACAUUGCAAAGUUUCAUGGAAAAAUAGAAGAAACAAAAGCAAAAAUCUCAGAGGCUGGGGACCAAAUGAAUAAGACGGAUGCUGAAUUACAGGACUUUUCAGAAAAACAGUCAGAGCUGGAAGAUGAAAUAACUUCCAUGAAGACUAAAAUGCAAAUGAAUAGGAACCAAGUAACAAAUGCAAGAUCAGAGGCAGAAAAGGCACAAAAACAAGCUAUGGCAACUAAUAAGGAAUUUGCUAAUCUUAAAAAAGAAUAUGCCAACUUGCAAGAACUGAAAGCCAAAGGCCUUCCAUUCAAAACCUUAGAGAAACUGAACCAGUUGAAAAAAGAGGCAGAAGAAUUGGCUAAAGAGACGGAAGAGAAAACAAAAAGAAUAGCAGAUUUAGAAAAGAAGAUUCAAGAUCUGAACCAGAUUAAACAAAGUAAGGCUGACCUGCUGAAACAACUGGAGGAUCAAGUCAUAGCCAUUAAAAAUGAGAUUAGUCAGCAGUCAAAUACAUAUGAAACUUGCAAAAGUUAGUCUAAGAAUAUAACAAAGAAACUGGAAAUCAACAAAGCGUUUUCUGUAACU